AUGAGCGAUCUGACGUUCACAAAGACUAUGGUGAAUCAGUCUGGACAUUUUUACAACUAUACCCACGAUUUCUAUAGCUGUAACUUCAUAGCUUUUGACGAUUUGGAUCAAUUGAAUAUAUCAAAACCAAUACAAUACGCUACCAAAAGUAUUUUUUUCUAUCCAUCAUGGUUGCAACAAGACUUACAACAUCCUUCUGUCAAUGAAUUCGCAAUAUCUUUGCGAAACGGCUACGAAGUGUCUUACACUUACAAUCGUACGAUGGAGAUCUACCACUGGAUGAUUUUUUCAAAUCAAGUAAUUUCGCUCAAUCCAUACAAUAUUAGUGUGCCGGAUGAAGUGCGUGACUUGCAUGGGUAUAAGAUUGUAAUGUAUGCAACAAAACAAAACAGAGAGGUAAUGACAUUCGAUGCAUAUCUCUUGGAACUAAUCGCUAGCAAAAGAAAUGCUACAGCAGUUCAAGAAACAAAAUGGUCCAACCGGAUAUCCGUACUUGUUGUACCAAACCCGAAGGAUAUGCAAGAUCAUGACAUAAUUUCCGGUCCAGGAUCCACUUACAUUGCCAUUCUAACACAUCGGGCUAAACCCAAGUCAAUUGUUGCGAUACUGGUGGAACCCUUCGAUAUUUACACAUGGGCAACAUUUCUUUUACUGGUACUAACAAUAGCGAUCACUUUCUCCUUAUUUGGAGAGGUGCUCGGGACUCGUCAUUUUUCCGAGAUAGUGCUCGAGUUGAUCAUGAUAUCUCUCUCGGGUCCUUCCAGACCAUAUGGCGGCUCGUUGGAGAAUCGGAUCAUCACUAUAUUCUGUGUUAUGGGCAUAGUGCUUAUCUCGUCGUACCAGUCACUCGUCAUAUCCUUUAUGUCUUAUGUGCGGUAUCAUCAAGAGAUAAACACAUUGGAAGAUAUUACACAUAAUUGCGUUUUUAAGGAAAGUGUAGAAGUUCUUCAUCUUUCUUUAAAAACGUUUGAUUUGAAUAAUCUCCCGUCACUGGAUCAAAAUUGUUACAUCGAUUAUGUGCGCGAUAACGAAGCGAUGAGCAUAGCAAUGUAUGAAAAAUUUGUCAAUGAUUCAGAUCGUGUGCGUGCUCGCGUUCAAGAGCUACGGCACGCCAAAGUUAAAUUUUACGAAUAUCCCCUAUGUUACUACGUAGGAACCCUUAUCAUUCGAAACUUUUUUAGUUUCUAUGUGCAAGCAAUCAUUGAAUCAGGCAUCUACGAUUUCUACUAUCGCAAUAAAUCUCAAACCAAAUGGCAGUAUAAGCAAGAUAAGUUCAUUAAUCGCACAGUGAAGCUACAGAAUUUAACACUGCUAUGGUAUGCGUAUGGUGUAGGUAGUGUUAUGGGCUUAAUAUGUUUUAUAGCAGAGAUUUUCUUUAAAAAGAUUUCUACGCGAGAAUCAUACAAGUGA